GUAGACUUCUCUUGCUCUCUCUGUAUAUCCCUCAUCCUAUUCUCUUAGAGCUCUUGAAUUCUACUCCCUACUUCUGAGUCCUCCCAGUACAUUCUUCUCUCUGAACCCCACACCCUACUUAUUACCGGCUUAUUGCUAGCAUCUGAAUCGUGAACUAGUUCGGAGUUUGGUGACGCUCAUCCGAGGAAUGGCUACAGGCCUGAACAACUCUCAGUCGCAAUCUCACAUGGACACCAUCAACGAGGAUGAGUUCGACAUUCACGUGGUAGCGUAUAGGAGUUUUCAGCAGAUUUUUGUUCCUAGAGGCCUUGCUAAGCUCGAAAAGAUUUUGGAGACCUGGACGGCGGAGACUGACAAGGAAGUCCAGGCUCGUCUCGUGAAGAGGCUGGAACGAAAGCCUUCCAGCAAAAUCAGUGAGAUUUACGAUUGCUACGUAACAGUUACAGUACGAUGAUGAGAGCGACGAUUCAUUUUUCUUUCUCUACCAGGCUUGUGCCAGGACGGCUCUGGUAAGCAGGCACCAUGGGAUGACUCUGUACAGUGAGCGGUGGCCAGUGCUCAAGCUCCCAUGCUGUCUGAGCUCAAGUCUAUACGAAUGACAGAAUCCGAUAUACUAGAGGAAGCACCCGGCAGAGGCUGCUUCUGUCCGACGGGAUGAUUAAAGUUUCUUGUUUAGCUCUGAUCGAGUAAUACUGGUGCCAAAGAGCUGGCAGGUUCAUUGGCCGCGGGGAAGUCGUUGCUGGCAUGCAUGUCUGUCACAUCGGUGGUGCAAAUGGUGGCCGGCGUGCAUGCAGGUGGCAACAGACAGCUCUGGCACUGAAUCAAUUUUCUUCUCUUUCACACCGACGCUGGGCGGUCGCUUCUGCUGGGGUCCAAGGUCAUGGACGCGCAGCAUGAGAUGAGGAACAGCUCCAUCUCGCAUGAAGGACCCGAGUGUGUAUCGAUGUGUUAUCAAGGAGGAAGCUUCAGGUAGAUAGUAGUUUAGAUAAUUAAUAGAGGGCGUUAGAGUUUUAGUUGCAUUGCCUGGAGAAACUCUUGUGACUGAGUGGUCACAAACGUCGACGUUGCAGCAGCAUGAACGCGGUUUCCUACUUCAGGCUGGUGAGCCGAAACAUGAUGCCCGAAUCUUAAACUUGUUGUCCUGCUUCGCUUGAAUUAGAGGGGAGGAGAGGAUCAUUACGAUUUGUAAAUAUGUGCAUAGAGGCAGAUGCAGUCGAUCGAGAAAUAACUCGAUCCUACAGACGCCUGUCUAGUGUGCUCCAUCGUAAUAAACAAGAGUUGUAUAAACCCA